AUGUCGCAGAUCACAGUAUUAGGCUUCUUGCCAUCGCGGUCAGCCGACCAAGGAGUCAGUGCCAUUCACUGGGCAAUCCUGCUCACACCAAUCACCGAAGCCCAACAGCAGCAGCGGCAGCAGGACCCGUCUGCACCCAGGCCCAAAGCCAAGUCUCUCUUCUCCAGCUCCCGGCUUCUGUCGAAGUCGGGCAGUAAUACCCCUCCUCCGCUCGAAACGGUGCUUUAUGACAUGCACCGUCACCAACUUCGCCAGCAGGCGUUCCCUGUCCCGAUCCCGGUCAGAGCGGCUGCCGCCGAGCAGUCGAAACCAUCACCAGAAGCAGACGUUGCCGCAGAGACUCCCCAGGAGACGACGACAGACAUCAGCUCGGACAUUCCCAACCAACCAUUCCGCCUGGCUCUCCGGAUCCUGCUGAGUACGCAUCAUCUACCUGUCACCAAACUCGCCUCUAGAGUCUCGACCUUGCUCUACCGAACUCCAACCUAUGGGCCCGAAGAGGAUUGGCUCCUUGCUGCACUUGAUAUGUUGGUGGGGUCGGGCAUCCUCGAGCCAGCUCAGAACUUCGAUGCGGAGGGUGUGCUGGCGUUUGCCGGAGAGAGCGCUAAAGAGUACCUUCUCCAGGUCGACCAAGGGCUCCAGCGGGAGCCGGAAGUGCUAGAGCUGGACUACGCGAGCCACAUGCGGAACAUGGAACAGGUCAAAGCCAUGUUUGGACAUCGGACACAACACGUAACGCCACCUUACACGCCCUCGCAGACGCCCUCUCCUCCAUCCGUCUCGCCCACGAGGGGAGUUGCAGCAGCAGACGCAGAGCGGAGGCGUUCCAGCACGAAAUCCCUUUUCCACCACCACCACUCCUCGAAGCCUCGGUCGUCGUCGUCGUCGUUGACCAGCCCGAGCGACGGGCCGGGCAAGGCACACAAGUUCCUGGGUUUCCGUGUCUCGCCGUCGCCGACGUCGUACGCGCCGCGGCAGCGAUGGGCAUCCGGUGAAGGUAUGAGGCGCGCAUUCUAUGAGAGGCAGGAUGAUCCGUACGGCGGGCUGAUGUGA